GACGUCGUUCAAGACGAUCACCAAAACCCUAGCUUUUAUCUCAAGUCCGCUGUUUUAAAACAGAAUUACGCGGCCGCUGUAGGAGACUGCUUGUGAUCAGCCAUGGGGGCGUACAAGUACGUGUCGGAGCUAUGGAGGAAGAAGCAGUCGGACGUGAUGAGGUUUCUGCAGAGGGUGAGGUGUUGGGAGUAUCGCCAGCAGCCUUCCAUUGUUCGUCUCACUCGUCCCACUCGCCCCGACAAGGCCCGUCGUCUCGGCUACAAGGCCAAGCAGGGAUUCGUGGUAUACCGGGUACGAGUGAGGCGUGGAGGUCGGAAGAGGCCUGUUCCUAAGGGUAUUGUGUAUGGGAAACCCACAAACCAGGGAGUUACCCAACUCAAGUUCCAACGCAGCAAGAGAUCCGUUGCUGAGGAACGCGCUGGUCGCAAAUUGGGCGGCCUUAGGGUCCUCAAUUCCUACUGGAUCAAUGAGGAUUCCACAUAUAAGUACUAUGAGGUGAUACUGGUGGACACUGCACACAGUGCCAUCCGGAAUGACCCGAGGGUCAACUGGAUAUGCAACCCUGUUCACAAGCACAGGGAGCUCAGAGGGCUCACCUCGGAGGGAAAGAAGAACAGAGGUCUCCGAGGAAAGGGACACCUCUACCACAAGAACCGCCCUUCUCGGAGAGCCACCUGGAAGAGGAACAACACCCUCUCCCUCCGCCGCUACCGCUGAUUUUCAUUUCACUAGACAUUGUCAUUAUAUUAUGAUGCUUGUAAUGGACUGGAUGCUUCUUGUGUUGUGGAAAGAAUCGCAAUAUAUGAUAUUACAAACUGUGUUUGGCUUCAA